AUGAGGGAACCCAUGUCGAAACUGGACGAGCUCACUCGAUGCGUGGUGGUGGCUUCUCUGAUGACUGGAAUAUCCCUCUGCUCUGGUCUAGUGCCACUCUUCAUCAAGAAGAGCAGACGGAGUGGGACUAUCUUCAGCAUAUUCAAUACGCUGAUUGUUGGAAUCAAUUUCGGAAACAUCUGCUACGAUAUGAUACCAGAAAUGACUGGAGACUGUGACGUAAAUAGGACGCCUUACCUCUAUAUUGGACUGGUUGUUCUGGCACUGAUUGCAGUUGAAUCGAUUUUCGUAAAGGAGCACCAUCACGAGCACCACCACGAGGAGGUGGUUCGAGGCGAAAGUGGAUCCAAUUCGACCUUAAACAGCGAAAAGGGUGACCAGCCCGUGACAUUCGAGACCAACGUAGAGAAGACAGAGAAGAUACCAUGCACCCACGACAGUAGCACGGAAGAAGAAGACUUCUUUGGACAGCACCACUUGGAAUUCAUCAAAACAACUGGAAACUACACCAGUUUAUGCAUAUUUCUAUUUGCCAUUUCACUGCAUUCGUUUCUAGAAGGACUGGAUACGACAUGUGCGACGAUCUUCAGCUCCCACAUUGUUGGGCUCCUUCUUCACAAGUGUGCGGAGUCACUCUCAAUAGGAAUGGCACUCUACUCGUCCAAGCUGAAGAAGAGCCAUGCCACGCUUCUUCUUUGCUGCUUCGUGCUUCUUACGCCUGUUGCAAUAUUUGUUGGACGGGUCAUCAGAAACAGCCACAAGUUCAUGGCCCUCUACUUCAAGGCACUUGCUCUUGGAUCAUUGAUGUAUGUCGUAUUCUUUGAAGGAAUGGGUCACUGCAUGCAUGGUCGGAGAAAGUGGCUCAACAUCAUCCUACUCACCCUGGGAUACCUAACCACAAUUUGUAUUGUGGAACUAGCGCACGGACACGGACACGAUCAUAGCCACGGUCACAGCCACUAA